ACUGACCCACCGCCCUACUUCGGUGCAGCCUGAGCAGCUUUGCCGGUGUCGGUAACGGUAAUCCGUCUCGUCUCCAGCUCGCUGCCAAAGCUCCGGGCUGCCCAUGAACGGCACCAUGGCCGCGUCCUCACACCGGGUAAUGUUGGGGCCGCUGGUCGCGGCCAUCGACCAGGGAACCAGCUCCACACGGUUCCUGGUGUUUAAUUCAAAAACAGCAGAGCUCCUCAGCCACCAUCAGGUGGAAAUCAAACAAAGCUUCCCCAAAGAAGGAUGGGUGGAGGAAGACCCCAAAGAAAUCCUGCAGUCGGUGUUUGAGUGCAUGGAGCGGACGUGUGAGAAACUGACCCAGCUCAACAUCGACAUCUCCAACAUUAAAGCUAUCGGAGUGACCAACCAAAGAGAGACCACGCUCGUUUGGGACAAAGAGACAGGGGAGCCGCUCUACAAUGCAAUCGUUUGGCUGGACCUGAGGACACAAUCAACGGUUGAACGUCUCAUUAACAAAACUCCAGGAAGGAAUAAGAACCACUUGAAGCAUAAAACGGGGCUCCCCAUCAGCACUUACUUCAGCGCCGUGAAGCUCCGCUGGCUGAUGGACAACGUGGACGAGGUCCGUGAAGCCGUCGUGUCUCACCGCGCCAUGUUCGGCACCGUCGACUCCUGGAUCAUCUGGAGUUUGACAGGAGGAAAGACAGGCGGAGUCCACUGCACGGACGUGACCAACGCCAGCAGAACCAUGCUGUUUAACAUCCACACUCUGGACUGGGACCCAGAACUGUGCAAAUACUUUGGUAUUCCCAUGGAGAUCUUGCCCAGAGUGAGGAGUUCUUCUGAAAUAUACGGUCUCAUGAAAAUAUGUUCUAGCCGGAAAUCUGGAGCUCUUACAGGAAUCCCAAUCUCAGGGUGUCUCGGGGAUCAGUCAGCAGCACUUGUUGGACAGAUGUGUUUCCAGGACGGGCAGGCGAAAAACACGUAUGGAACUGGCUGCUUUCUCCUGCGGAACACUGGAGCAAAGCCUGUAAUGUCUGAUCACGGUCUUUUAACGACUGUGGCGUACAAACUUGGUCGGGACAAACCUGCCUGUUAUGCACUAGAGGGCUCUGUGGCCAUCGCAGGAGCCGUGGUCCGUUGGCUGCACGACAAUCUCGGGAUCAUCGAAUCGUCUGAAGAGCUCGAGAAGUUGGCCGCAUCAGUUGGAACGUCCUACGGCUGUUAUUUUGUCCCUGCGUUCUCAGGUCUUUAUGCACCUUAUUGGGAGCCCAGUGCCAGAGGGAUCAUUUGUGGCUUGACUCAGUUCACUAAUAAGAGUCAUGUGGCAUUCGCUGCUCUGGAAGCGGUUUGUUUCCAGACACGAGAGAUACUGGACGCUAUGAACCAGGACAGUGGUAUUCCACUGACUCAGCUCCAGGUGGACGGAGGAAUGACGUCCAACAGGCUGCUGAUGCAGCUGCAGGCCGACAUCCUCUGCAUCCCUGUUGUGAAGCCCUCCAUGCCUGAGACCACAGCUCUGGGUGCAGCGAUGGCAGCAGGAGCAGCAGAAGGCGUGAGUGUGUGGAGUCUGAGCCCGGAGGACCUGAGUGAAGUUACCUCCGAGAAGUUUGAGCCUCAGAUCAACCCUGAAGAGAGUGAGUUUCGGUACGCUCGAUGGAAGAAGGCGGUGCAGAAAUCUAUGAACUGGGAGACGACAGAGCCCGUUGGUAAUGGAAACGGUGAAACUAGUAUCUUCAGCAGCGUCCCUCUGGGCUUCUACAUCAUGGGCAGCAUGUUGAUGUUAAUCGGUGCAAAAUACCUUGCAGGUCACGACUAGGCAAAAAAUCCUGGAGGCAAUAAAACAGAGAAGAAAGUGGAAACCAAGGCUCGUCAUGUUGGACCAUCACUUGAACUCCACAACUCUUUUUUUUUUUUCUUCCACGAAGGCAUUCCAGGAGAAAGAAACAAGCUCCUGCUGAAACUUACCGGACAACCAGGAAAAGUUUGAACUGACUAAUGACAUUAAUUUUGUAUUACUGUAGACAUGUAUAACUGUAUUACUUUCCCUUUUUUUAAUUUUACUGCAACUCUGCAACAGAUAUUGGAACAUUACAGAUUAAUUUUAGUAGGAUUGUGCAUGCAGUAUUUAUUUUUUCACUCUGUUGAUAUGCAUUUCUGAUCUUAUUCAUGUAGGAACUCUACCAAUGGUACUUCAUGUUGUUGUCGUCUUUCCACAGCUGUCUAAUGUGUUAAUUGUUCGUGUAAUGUUUC